AUGGCACCGAAAGUCAACCGAAAUAUCCUGGGGGCAGCCCCUACUCCAGUUAGCCCAUUGAACAAAUACCGUCUGCUAUCUCCAUCUGCUGCUGUGAGAGUCAGCCCACUUUGUCUUGGAGCGAUGAGCUUUGGCUCGGGAUGCGGAUAUACGUGGCUCACAUCUUCAUACUACCUAGGCAACUUCAUUGAUACGUCCAACAAUUAUCAACUGGGGGAGUCUGAAACGAUUAUUGGCGAAUGGAUGAAAAAGCGCGGGAACCGUGACGAGCUGGUGAUUGCUACCAAAUACACGACGAAUUACGAAAACAUUCCCACCUCGAAGAAAAUAAAAGCCAACUAUACCGGUAACGGCUCUAAAAGUCUCCAUGUCUCUGUCGAAGCAAGCUUGAAGAAGCUGCAGACUGAUUAUAUUGAUCUUCUUUAUGUCCACUGGUGGGACUUUAGCACCUCAACUUCAGAGCUGAUGCAAUCCCUGAAUAACCUCGUGGUUUCCGGAAAGGUCUUGUAUCUAGGAAUUAGUGACAGCCCGGCCUGGGUCGUGAGCAAAGCGAAUGAGUAUGCAAGAAACCACGGCCUUCGACAGUUUUCUGUAUACCAGGGGCGUUGGUCCGCCGCCGCACGCGACUUUGAACAAGACAUUAUCCCCAUGUGCAAGUCUGAAGGCAUGGGUCUAGCUCCCUGGGGUGCUCUCGGAGCUGGUAGAUUCAAGACCGAAGAGCAACGUAACGCCCCAGGCGGACGCAAUGUGGCGGCAACCGAAGAGGAGAUCAAGGUCAGCAAAGUGUUAGAAACUGUUGCCACUCGCAAAAACUCGAUCAUAACGAGCGUUGCGCUGGCAUAUGUGAUGCAAAAAGCACCCUAUGUUUUCCCCAUCGUUGGAGGCCGCAAGGUAGAGCAGCUGAAGGAGAAUAUCGCAGCCUUGACGCUCAAGCUGACCGAGGAGGACAUUGCGGAGAUUGAAGCUGCAGUGCCAUUUGCAUUGAACUUUCCGUAUGACCUUUUGUGGGGGGCAAAGGUCCCUGACAACGUACAGGAUGUUAAUCUUCUCGACAAUGCUGGUAACUUUGAGUACGUGCCAGAGCAACAGCCUAUUUCGCCAUCCUGGGAUGAGGAAUAG